AUUUCCGCCCGCCAUGGUUGGACUGUUUAAUUAAUAUAUAAAUAGAUAUGGGCCCAGGAAAACCGCAACCAGUGAACUUUCUUCUCUCAAACCAUCUAUACGUGUAUCGCAAUGAAGUUUACGAUACUAGCCGCCUCCCUGGCCGUGGUUUGCACGGCGACACUUGCACUAGGGUCGAAACCGGCAGGUCAUACUGGUGCUGACGGCCAACUCGAACAGACUCCAGCCGAAGAUCGGCAGUGGAAAGUGGAAAAGCGUCAUACCGGAAAGAAGAUCCACAUUUUUCUCGGCAAAGGGCCAGGAAAGAGCAAAAAGUCCAGUAAAAAGCAUGUCGAUAGCGACGGAGCAGAGACGCAAACACGUAAAACUCCCGAGUUGACGACACGGUCGGACAAGGUCGAAGAUUUGGCCGCAUCGGCUACAUCCGACGCGCCAGACACUGCCGUUGGUGAGAGCCAACACUACGAAGUCCCUGAGCACAACAUUGUGAAGGAGAAGAUCAAGAUCAAGCACCACCACCACCAUCAUCAUCACAACCAUGUGAAGACGGUGGUCAAAAAGGAACCCUACCCUGUUGAAAAGGUGGUUCAGGUUCCGGUCGAAAAAAUCGUUCACGUCCCCAAGCCGUACCCAGUGGAAAAGAUCGUAGAAAAGGUUGUGCACGUUCCGGUUGAAAAGAUCGUCCACGUGCCGAAGCCCUAUCCGGUUGAGAAGAUUGUUGAAAAAGUAAUCCACGUGCCCAAACCGUACCCAGUAGAAAAAAUCGUUGAAAAGCCUGUUCAUAUCGCUAAGCCUUAUCCAGUUGAAGUGAAGGUUCCGUAUCCUGUGGAAAAGAUUGUUCACGUCGACAAACCCUACCCGGUCGAGAAGAUCGUUGAAAAGGUUGUGCAUGUCCCCAAACCAUAUCCAGUGUACAAACAGGUUCCAGUACCAUACGAAGUCAAGGUACCGUACGAAGUACCCAAACCAGUUCCCUACCCUGUCGAAAAGAAGGUUCCCUAUCCAGUGGAAGUGAAAGUACCUGUUGAAGUCGAACGAAAGGUACCUGUCCCGGUAAAGGUGGAAGUCGAGAAGAAGGUGCCUGUUCCUUUUAAGGUUUAUGUACCGGUCGAGAAGAAGGUUCCAUAUCCAGUUCCGGUCAAAUCCCAGUCCCAGUUUCCAUUUGACAAAGAUAUCGGAUAUGCGUCAACCAAACUACAUCCAUUCGAAUCCCAGCAUCAUGAAGUGAAACACUACGGCGACGAAUAUUCUAAUGGUGAGGAAGGGUAUAGAAGAACUACUAAGACUACAUAUAAGAAAAAGUCUAAGAAACAUAAGAAAACUGAGGAAUAUCAACAGCAGCAGCAAAACCAGCAACACUCAGCGCCAGUGACUGAAGAUAAUCAUGAAAAUCACUCUGGACUGUCCAGCUCUUAUGCUAAUAGCGGAAGCUCGGAAAACUCUCAGCUAUAUCAGAACGGUGCUCACUAUUCGCAUACCACGAUAUUUACUCAUCCUCCAUCGCCUGCGCAUAGCAACUCUCAGCAGCAGCAACAACAACAGCAACAACACCAACAACAACAACAGCAGCAACAAUACCAACAUCAGCAACAGUACAACAGCCAUGACCAACAUCAGCAACAGUACAACAGCCAUGAACAACAUCAGCAACAGUACAAUAGCCAAGACCAACACCAACAACAGUACGGCAGCCAAGACCAACAACAAUACAACAGUCAAGAAAACAGCAAUUACUUCAAUCAGCAACUUCUUCAAUACAGCCAACAACCCAAAUAUGGACCAUCGACAUUCCCCCAACAAAACGACUACCAAUCGCAAGCAGCUAGCCAGGAGAGUCACUACCACCACACCGAUCACUAUGGGUCGGGUACAACCCAACAAGAGGUGAUUGUGACCCCACCAGCAGCCAACGGACAACUCACAUACGACAUGUCACAACAAGCUAUGCCACAAGCGUUUACCCUCACCGCACCAUCCAAUCCGGGAACCACGUUGCAGCUCGAAUCCCAACCCCAGCCAUUCCAACUCGUCCAGUUUUCGCCCUUCCAGUUCCAAACGCCCACCGGAUUCUCGCUGCCGACCGCUAGGUAAAACAUUUUCCAAUGCAACGUGGUAGAAUGUUUCGCGAAGAAAAACAAGACUGCAAAUCAACCCCCAUCCCCCCAUGCACGGUUACCAGUUCGGAAGGAAUCCCUCCGAUAUCAUUAACUAUUUAUAGGUAUUGUUUACAACUUAAGCUCCGCCUAUGAAAUCUAUUUUUGUAAAAUAGUAUUGUUGUUGAACCGUUCUCAAGUGUCCUAGUGGUUAAGCCUCUCAGCCAGGUUAGCAUAACUUCAAACUCGUAGGCCACUUAUGCACUGUUCCGAAGAUCACCACAUCGCCACGUAGCUUGCUGACCAUGUGCUGAUUUUAAUAAUGAUAGAACAUACCAAAGCUCAUUAUCAAUGUAAGCGUGAUAUUAAGAUAAUUUUCUUUUCUCGGCUCCCAUAUUUUCCUGCAUGAAGAAAAAGAAGCAUAUAGCCAAUAAUGAGACAGCGGAACAAAAGCGAAGCUCUAGAUCGUUUAGCAGAUUAAGUAUUGUGUCGUUGAUAGGUUUUGGUUGGCUGGUUUCAAAUCCAAGGUCAAAUUCCUUUCAAUACAUUGAGUGAAUGAUAAUCGUUUCUAACCAUGAGUGCUUUUCAAACUUUUGUUUUCAAGUUGCUAAAAAUGAGGUCAGAAAGAAAUUAAUGUAUUUUCGAUCCUUUUGAAUUUAUGCUAAAAUCUAUCACAUACCAUUUUCCCCUAUUUACAAACUCAACGUACUGAAGCAAAUUUGACCUUAGAUUAGAACUCGGUGAUCCAUAAUUUAUCGAAAAUAUAAUAUGAUCUUAAGGACAUACGAAUGUUUCGAUGUGCUAUAAAAAAAGACAGAAAAAUCUGAUGUUUUAUACUCAUAAUUAUUCCAACCAAAGCACAAUAGAAAACCAUUGAACCCCAUAGCCAUUCCGACAGCUUUCGGUUAGGAAAAUAUUGCCUUGAAAAGAGAACUUACAAAUAGAAAAUCUUUGUGUACAUAUUAUACUUCCUUCUAUUGAAGAAACUGUUUGUGGUAAGGCAGAUUGAUUGCUAAUAGUUGCAAAUACAAAAAU